AUGGAGGUUCCUACCGCGGAGACAAGCCCGCCCAGGACCCUGAUUGUUGCGAUUGGUACCGUAGCAUCCAGCUGGACUUUGUUUCCGUCUGGCAAGAGUGUCAUCCGAGUUCACCCAUACGAGACCAUGGCGGAAUCAUCAUCAGUCAUCAACGUCGAGUACAAGGGCCGACUGGCCAUCAUCACCAUCAACAAUGAAAAGAAACUCAACGCCCUCAGCCAGAUGCAAUACUACCAUCUGGCUCAACGGCUACGUGAGGUCGCUACCCAUGAUGAGGUCUACAUUACCUUGAUCAUUGGCACUGGCCGUUACUUUUCCGCCGGCGCCGACGUCUCAGUCUCCAAAUCCAACGACGGCAUCCCCCAGCCCGAAGGUCUCUCCACCCAAGACGCCAUCCACAACCACUGGCUCCGCAACUUCGUCGCCAACAACCUCAACAUCACCCAAGCCUUCUACACGCACCCCAAGAUCCUGAUCGUGGGACUCAACGGGCCCGUAAUCGGCCUGUCCGCCGCCCUGGUCUCCUUCGCCGACUUUAUCUACUGCGUGCCCUCCACCUUCUUGCUCACCCCCUUCUCUUCCCUAGGUCUGGUAGCCGAGGGAGGCGCCUCGCGCGGCCUUGUCCAAAGACUCGGUCUGGCCAAGGCUAAUGAAGCGUUGAUCAUGAGCAAGAGGAUUACCAAAGAAGAACUGGUGCAGACGGGGUUUGUGACCAAGUGCUUUGAGGAAGUGGGGAAGGGCGAGACGGACAAGUUUAAGGGGCUGGUGUUGAAGGAGAUUGAGGAGCGGUUGGGAGAUCAUCUUGUGGGUGAUAGUCUUUUGGGGAUCAAGAGCUUGAUUAGAAGGCCCGAGAGAGACGUGUAUGAUGGGCAGAAUGUGGCGGAGGUUAUGGCUGGAUUGGAUCGGUUUGUUAGUGGAGUGCCGCAGGGCGAGUUUGAGAAGAUUGCGAGCGGGAAGAAGAGACAUAAGCUUUAA